AGAAUGAAUAAAUGGUAAAGGUCGUAUCUCAUGGCAUGUAAAUACGACCUUUACCAUGUAACAUGCUAUAUGUAAUUAAUUGAACUUUGAACCUUGAACUUAUUGAUGAGGCGUGGGCAGUACCAAGUAAACUUCAAAUGAUGCAAGAUUGGAAGAGAUGUCACUGUACCAUGUGUGUGUGUAGAAAAGAGAUAUCAGACAAUUUAAUACCUGGUGACAACAGACACUUGAUUGAUCAAGACAGCCUGCAAUCAUAUCCUCCUGCUGCAGUAGUGAUGGGUUAUAAGGACGUGAGAAGCGGCCACCAGCCAGGGUUGCCUGGACAGCAGAGAGUAAUGGAGGGGUGUUCUAAGGAACUACAACAGCUGGAUGAGGUGGAGAGCCUUCUGCUGGAGCUAAGGAACUCAAAGGAAACUAACGCUGUUAUGAAGAAAGAGUUACAGACUUACCAAGGGGUGAUCAAGUCCAAGAGACUGGCACUGGACGCCCUCAAUAGUAGACUGGAGGACAUCAAAGUUGAAAAUGAGAGAAUGGCUGUAUUGUUGAAGUUGUGCCAUGGUGAUGGUAAAGGCCUCGAGGGAAUGGGAGAAAAAUUAACAUGUGGUGACGAGGCUAGUUGUCAUUCUGCACACACUGGUAGCAAGUCAACUGUGACACCCUCGUUCCCUAAUCCCAAUAGAAAGGCUGAGCAGAGCAAACACAACGAAGCUGUCGACCAUUUUCUCAGUGAAUUAGAGACAACCGUCCUGAGAUUACAAGAAUGUUUUCAAGACCACAGAUAAUUAGAACAACACGUACUGUACACCAGACAAUUUUCUUUCAUUGCAAUUUCUCCAUUAUUAUACAUGCAUUUCAUUUUUGUAAUUUAUAUUGUUUACAAGAAUAAAUAUUAUCAAAAGUUC